AGAUGUGGGCACAGUAGAGCUCACUGCACCAGUCCAGUGUGAGACACCCGCGGGACGUUUCCGCUUGGCAGCGGUUUGAGAAACAUCGGGAGGUCGAAGGCUCGUGCCAGGAGCUCGUGGAUGCCCGCGCGCACAGUCAGCGGCCGUGGAGACGGACAUGAUGUUCCCUUCUUCAUUCGAAUCGCACCUACGUGGGGAUUUAAAAAAAGCAUAAAACUCUUUCGAUCGAAAAAACCUGGAGAUUAGCGUUAUACAGGAGGCUGCCAUAUUUUUUUUUUUUUUUGUUUUUCACCUCUCGCGGAUCAUCGGAACAUCCGCUUCACGACACGAGAUUACAGUGUGAUAAGAAAUACGAAAAAGCGUUUUUUUUUUUUUUCACCGUGACAUCUUCGAAAAUAUCGUAUGACUUGGCGUGACGUAAGAAAUCCUUUCCCGAAAAUAUAAGCAGUGAUCGUUACGUUAAUCAUCAUCUGCAUUAAAUCUAAACUUGCAAUGUUAUUUUCGAUAUUACGUGGACCUCAGUGAGUGACUCAGUCAGUGGACGCUUGUGAAGGACGACACACGGCGAACCAGGACUCUCCUUCAGGGCAAAUAUGUCUGAAAAGAGUUAAAUAUUAAUUUUGUCUCGUUAAAUUCAGCGAAAUUGCGUUUAUAGUAUCGCUGCGAUAUUUGCUUUAAGCGGAGAGAUUAUUAUGACACGGAACCUUUAUUUUGAUGCGGCUCCGCAGUAAAAACAGAGGGAUGUGGUUUAAAGACACAAUCAAUUUGGUGGAUAAAUUGUUAUUAUUCGCUUAAAAAUCGGCAGCAGUGUGUACAUUCCACGAGCUGGAGUUGCAGACUCGAAUUCUGAGGCGUUUUUUUGGUUGUCGAAAUGGGUCCAUUUCCUGCACAAGACUUGUGUAUAAAAACUUAAAAAAUACGCGUUUUACUGUAAAAAAGAUAAUAAUUGUCACUGCGCGGGGUGGUGGGGGAUAACGGAGCAAAAGUGUUUGCUUCCCCUUCGCCGCAUUACAGAAACGCGGUUCUUUCACUCCAAAUAACCCAUGAACGUCUUCAGAGGAGAACGAGGACGUGAGGCAGGAACUGCGGCGACGAACACGAAGCGAUGUUUCCAGGCUUCGCGGGCAGAAAAGUGCGUUUUGCGGAAGUUUAAGGCUCGUGAGAUGUGUUCAGUUGUGCAUUGUGCGCCGUGUGCUGCUUGGGACUGAAAGAAGGGGCAGGUUUCCACGCUGAGAGACGUCGUGUCCAGCACCGCUGUCCCCAUGCGCCUCUCCUCGGUGCUGUCGCUCUUCCGGGCCGCGCUGCCCCUCGUGCUCGGCCUGUCGCUGGGCUGCAGCCUCAGCCUGCUCAUGGUCUCCUGGACGCAGGGCGACCCGGACCAGGCCUGCGGAGACGAGCUGGCCAACGGGGGCGUCUUUCCCGGAAGCCUCCGGGAAGAUGCCCGCGGGGGGCACGAUGACGCCGGUGAAGACUUCCAGCCGCGCAUCGUGCCCUACCACAAGGAUCCGAACCAGCCGCACAAGAAGGUCCUGAGGACGCGGUACAUCCACACGGAGCUGGGGAUCCGGGAGCGUCUCCUGGCAGGGGUGCUAACCUCACGGGCCACCCUCAAUACGCUGGCAGUGGCGGUGAACCGCACUGUGGCCCAUCACUUCCACCGCACCAUCUUCUUCACAGGUGUGCGCAGCGCCAAGCCCCCACACGGCAUGGCAGUAGUGGCGCACGGCGACGACAGGCCCGUCUGGCUCAUGUACGAGACGGUGCGCCACCUGCACCAGCACCAUGGCAGCGACUACGAGUGGUUCUACUUGGUGCAGGAUGACACCUACACCCAUGCCGAGCGCCUGGCUGAGUUGGCCGGUCACCUGAGCGCCGGGCAGGACCUCUACAUGGGCCGAGCUGAGGAGUUCAUCGGUGGUGAAGAGCGGGCCCGCUACUGUCACGGCGGCUACGGCUAUCUGCUCUCCCGCAGCCUGCUGGCUCAUUUGCAGCCCCAUCUAGACAUGUGUCGCAACGACAUCCUGAGCGUCAGGCCUGACGAGUGGCUGGGCCGUUGCAUUAUUGACUACUUAGGUCUCAGUUGCAAAGAGGUGCACCAGGAAAUGAAGUUUAACUACUUUGAAUUGGGUAAGAACGCAGACCCAGAGCGUGAGGACAGCUCCCGCUUCAAGAACGCGUUCACGGUGCAUCCAGUCUCUGAAGCAGACCUUAUGUAUCGCCUGCAUAAGCGUUUCAGCCAGAUAGAGCUGGACUGGACAUACAGACAGAUCCAGCAGCUGCAGGUCCAGAUCAACAACUUGAGUGAGCUGACGCCAGAGGGGAAGGCGGGUGUCUCCUGGCCAGUGGGCAUCAACCCGCCAUUUCGGCCCAAGACGCGCUUUGAGGUGAUCAGCUGGGAGUACUUCACUGAGGAGCACAUCUACUCAUGUGCUGAUGGUUCCCCCAAGUGCGAGCUGCGUGGGGUGGACCGGGCGGACGUGAGCGCUGUGCUGGAAACAGCAGUGGAGCGCCUCAAUGAGCGCUACCAGCCCCAGCUGCGCUUCCGCAAACGCCGUCUCCUCAAUGGCUACCGCCGCUUCGACCCCACACGUGGGAUGGAGUACACGCUGGACCUUGCCCUGGAGGUCUUCACCCAGAAGGGCCACAGCCAGGUCAUUGUCAGGCGUGUGGAGCUGCUUCGCCCUCUCAGCGCCAUCGAAAUCAUCCCCAUGCCUUACGUGACGGAGGCCACACGGGUGCAGGUCAUCCUGCCUGUAACGGCACAUGUGCAGGACCACGUCAGCAACUUCCUGGACAUGUACGCUAUGAACACCCUGGACACGCAUGACAACGUGCUGCUCACAUUCUUGUUCAUCUACGACCAUUUUGAUGCGCAGCGAGUCAGUCAGACCGACGUAUUUGCUGGGGUCAAGUCCAUGAUUGGUGAGGUGGAGAAACGCUAUGGCGAUGUGAAAAUCCCCUGGAUCAGCGUAAAGACAGAAGUGCCCUCUCAGGUCAAGCUCAUGGACAUCAUCUCAAAGAAGCACCCCGUGGACACGCUCUUCUUUCUUGCCAGCGUGUGGACGGAGGUCAACGGUGACUUUCUCAAUCGGUGCCGUAUGAACGCCAUCAGCAGCUGGCAGGUCUUCUUCCCAAUCCACUUUCAGGAGUACAAUCCUGCCAUCGUGUACCGUGAACAGCAGCCCUCGGCAGCAGGCUCCUCCUUCGCUUCUGAGGGUUUCCGUGACGGCCACUUCGACCGCAACAUCUUCGACGAGGCCUGCUUCUACAACUCGGACUACAUGGCCGCUCGAUCCAAGAUGGCGGCCGACAUCCUGGACAAUGAUGAGCUCCUGGAGAGCAUGGACGUGUAUGAGCUCUUUGUCCGCUACUCCGGGCUGCAUGUGUUUCGGGCUGUGGAGCCAGCGCUGGUCCAAAAGUAUGUUCGCCGGGACUGCAACCCACGUCUCAGCGAGGAUGUCUACCAUCGCUGUGUCCUCAGCAACCUGGAAGGACUGGCCUCGCGCUCACACCUCGCCAUGGCGCUCUUUGAGCAGGAACAGGCCAAUAGCACCUAGACUUCUUAUGGUUUUCUGCACAGCUGGAAUCUGACAGCUGGAUGCAAAAAACUGCAGAUUCUUGGGAUGGAGAAACCUGGAGGGAAUGCAGCAUGGAAAUAAUUGCAAUAAGACUCAUCACUUGCAACUUGAGAUGUAAAAAAAAAAAAAAAAAAAAA